AUGACAACCCCUCGAGUAUUCCUCGUUCGUCAUGGCGAGACCGAAUGGUCGUUAAGCGGUAAGCACACGGGUUUAACGGAUAUUCCAUUGACGGCCAAUGGAGAAAAGCGUGUGAAGGCAACUGGUCGAGCACUUGUAGGGGACGAUCGAUUAAUUGUACCCAAACAAAUCGCGCAUAUAUAUGUAUCACCGCGAAAGCGAGCCCAGCGAACCUUUGAAUUGCUCAACCUUGGUAUUACGGAUCCCCUGCCGUGGAAGAUUCACGGUGUAAAGCCCACUGAUGCCAGCCAAUUAUGCAAUGCGCGGGUCGAAGUUACUGAGGACAUCCGCGAGUGGGAUUACGGCGACUAUGAGGGAAUAACAAGUCCCGAGAUCCGUGAAAUUCGCGCCAAGCAAGGUUUCACUCAGAAAUGGGACAUCUGGAGGGACGGGUGUGUUGGCGGAGAGAGCCCUGACGACGUCACCCAGCGCGUGGAUCGUUUGAUCAAAGAGAUUCAGGAAGUGUGGCACGCGCCCGUAAUCGGCAAACCCAAGUCAGAGGACCAAUCCUCUGGGGAUGUCCUAAUUGUAGCGCAUGGUCAUAUACUACGUGCUUUCGCGAUGAGAUGGGUGGAAAAGGCGUUGCAGGAUGGUCCAGCUUUUCUACUAGAGGCUGGUGGUGUUGGAAUAUUGAGCUACGAACAUCAUAAUAUACAUGAGCCUGCUAUAUUACUAGGUGGUGCCUUUGUAGUUAGCCCAUAG